AUGAAUACAUCCGAUGCGCAAGUGGUAGUCCCCCAACAGACAUCCAAGAAUAUGUCGUCCGAUCUUGUCAAUCAUUCCCGUCAGUCUCAAGGUACAGUGAUGACCGAGCAAGCAGUAUCACCACACACUAACUCUAGUUUUAUGGCAUUGGAGCCUCGCGCUUCUCCCUCUCCAACCCCACAAGAGGAGAGAGUCCAGGUCACGCUGGCGCACGGUUGCUAUUUUUUCGUGAACGUGAAUUAUCUGCCGUCAAGUGCCAUUAUUGAGCAUGCUGUUCCGUCUAAUGGUACCACGUGUGGAUGUACCGAUGAUUCCAAAGCAUACAUCGCGGCAUGGUUGGUAAAUUGGGUUCGUUUCAUCCUCGAGGUCCCAGGAUCUGGCUGGAACAGAAAGCCGGCAGAGGCCCAAGCCGAGGCCGAUAAGUUCAUCACCCACUGGAACCUUGACGGUAGGGUCCGAGAUGGUCUUGCUGAUGAUGUAGUGAGAGCCGUGCAAGACAUUAUGAGGACUCUGUUGUUGACCAUUGGGGGCAGCAAGCUGGCACGCCAGCUUUACUGGCCCGAGGAGGAUACUCCAAAGACGGCGAUCACUACCAGCGGUUUCCGCCGGCUCAUGCAAAGCGGAAGCAAUAAAGUCAAGAAUCAUCUGAGAAGAUGA